AUGGCCAGUGUUACCUGGGCCUGGCUAUGUCCCUACCUAUGUCAGGACUGCCCUUUCUCGCAAGAGAGAUGUGGUGCGCUGCCUGUGGGCUGUGGCUGUGGUAGCACGCUCACCCAACGGCCAACGCCCCGGCGCAUUCAGUUUCAGUUCGCGCCUGCCCACCCCGCGCCCGCCGCUGACCACACACAAACCUCGCGGCGAAUCCGCCGAUCUCCUCCCCCCUCCUUCCCGAGAGGCCGAGGCGGCGGCGACCGACAAGCACCCCCUCCACCGCCGGCGGCCAUGAAGCCCCCGCCCCUGCCGGCGCCCGCCAGAGCGCCGCCGCUCCCGUGGAUCUCCCCACUCCAGUACCGCAACCACCCGGACCUCGCGCGCCUCAUCGCCUCCUCGCAGUCCGGGCAGCGCGCGCUCGACCUCUUCAACGCCGCCGCGGAGCAGCGCGGGUUCUCGCACACCGCCUCCACCUUCUCCGCGCUCCUCAUCCGCCUCGCGCGCGCGCGCCUACCGUCCGCCGCCACCGCCGUCCUCCGCCGCGCCGCCUCCGCGCCCUGCCGCUUCCUCGAGCCGCACCUCCUGCCACUCCUCCGCCUCCUCCCGCCCGACCACGCCCUCGCGCUCCUCCGCCUCCUGCCGGCGCUCCUCCACCGCCGCCGCGUCUCGCACAAGGCCCUCGCCGUCUGCCUCGACCGCCUCGUCUCCUCCCGCUGCCCCAACGUGCUCGACGACCUCAUAGCCGACCUGCGCGACCCGCGGAACAAGUACCUCCCCGCUCCCAACACCUGCGUCUACAACAUCCUCAUCAAGCACUACAUCAAGAACGGCGACUCCGAGACUGCCUUCAGGGUGCUCGAUGAAAUGCGUGAGUACACCUGCGGCGAUGUGAGGCCAAACCUGGUCACCUAUUCGACCUUGUUGGGCGGGCUCUGUCGUGCUGGUAAGAUGAAGGAAGCGUUUGAACUAUUUGAGGGGAUGAUCGAGAAAGACCACAUCGUGCCAGACCAGCUGACAUACAAUGUGCUCAUCAACGGGUUCUGCCGGCUGGGGCAGGUGGAGAAGGCACGGACAAUCUUUGGUUUUAUGAGGAAGAAUGAGUGUGAGCCAAAUGCUUUCAACUAUGCAACUCUUAUCAAUGGACACUGCAAGAAAGGGGAAGUGGAGAAUGCAAAGCUGGUGUUCGAGGAGAUGAGGACUGCUGGGGUGGAACCAGACGCCGUCAGCUACACGGCACUGAUCGGGUGCCUUUGUAGACAUGGGAGUGUUGAUGAGGGGAUCGAUCUUCUGAUGGAGAUGAGGGAGAAGGGAUGCAAGGCUGAUGUUGUCACAUACAAUCUGCUGCUUGAAGGGCUGUGCAAAGAUGGGCGGAUGGCGGAAGUGAUGGACUUGCUUGGGAGGUUGCCAGAGGAAGGAGUUCAGUUGAACGUCGCAAGCUAUCGGAUUGUGAUGAAUACUCUGUGCUCAAGUGGAGAUAUGGAGAAGGCCGUUGGCUUGCUGGGAUUAAUGCUCAGAAGAGGGUUUUUGCCGCACUAUGCAGCCUCAAACAAAUUGUUGAUUGGUCUGUGCGAUGUUGGGCAAGUGGCAGAUGCGACAGCCGCAUUGUAUGGAUUGGCCAAAUUUGGGUUCAUGCCAGAGGCUAGUUGUUGGGCAAAGCUGAUUGAGGCUGUGUGCCGGGACAGAAAACUUAGGAGAUCUGUUGAGCUUCUGGAUAUCUUAAUUACGGGAGGGUGAACAAGUUACCUCAGUGCAGCAUGGGUUACUUUGGCCGAUUUUUUACCUGAAGUAGGAUAUAAAUCAGGUAUGAAGAUCGCUCGAAAACGGAGUGAUGGCACAUUGAAGGGAUCACUUUCACAUAAGAUAUUACCCAAAA